AUGAUGAGAGGUCUACUAACUGCCAGUCUGGCUUUCGCCGGUCUCGUCUCCGCGCUACCCUCCCCUGCUCAGCAACGUCGACAAGAUGGGUGGCCAUUCGCUCCGUUCACAACGAGUGGACGAGACAUCAAGAACAGUCAAGGUGACACAGUAACAUAUGCUGGCGUCAACUGGCCUGGCGCCGCUGAUGCGAUGCUACCGGAGGGUCUGCAGUACUCCUCGAUUGCUGAUAUUGUGUCAAAGAUCAAAAGUCUGGGCAUGAACUCGAUACGGCUCACCUACGCUAUCGAGAUGAUCGAUGACAUCUACUCAAACAAUCCCAACUCCUCUUUGGAGGGCACUUUAGUCAAUGCAUUGGGCCAGCAGAAUGGCACGAAGGUCCUUGACCAAAUUUUGCAAAACAACCCUGACCUUACGGCAACCACGACCAGACUUGAGGUUUUCGACGCUGUCGCUGCAGAGUGCUACAAGCAGCAGAUUCUCAUCCAUCUAGACAACCACAUGAGCAAGGCAGCAUGGUGCUGCUCGGCAGACGAUGGUAACGCAUGGUUCGGAGACACGUACUUUAAUACGGAGAACUGGGGUCGGGGCGUGGCAUACAUGGCUGAGCAUGGCAAAAAUUGGCCAGCUUUCGUCUCCACCGGACUUCGCAAUGAGCUUCGACUUCCUGCCGAGGGCUCUCCAGCCAGAGCGAGCUACGGAUGGAACGACUGGUACCCUAACAUAGUGGCUGCAGCCAAUGCCAGCAACGCCGCAAAUGCGGAUGCUCUAGUCUUCAUCUCUGGCCUGAAUUACGACACGGACCUGGCGAAUGUGACUCGCGGCCUUGAUCUUGGUGGCGGACAGGUAUAUGACAUCGACUCCUUCACGUACGCUGACAAGAUUGUCUUCGAGUUGCACAACUACAACAACAAUCUUGGAGACAGCAACUGUGCCAACUUCAACAUGUACAAUCAAGGUUACAAUGCGAUGGAUACUUCGGCCAAUACUACUGCGAAGAACAUCGCGCCGGUUGUAUUGACAGAGUUCGGUUUCCCUCAGGAUAAUUCGACCUACACCUGGCCGUACCCUAAGUGCCUCGCAGAGUACCUGACAACCUUGCCUGGUGGUCCGGGCGGCUGGUUCCAGUGGGUCAUCUCAGGAUCGUACUACAUUCGAACUGGAACACAAGACUUUGAGGAGACAUGGGGCCUCUUGAACCAUGACUGGUCAGCCUGGCGAUCGGAUGCGGCAAUCAACGGCUUCACCAAGCCUUUCGUUGCAGCGACUCUUGCUUGA